AUGGCAGUCUGCAAGGGUAAGGGGCAAUACAACGGUAGCUGUGCUCUUCCCAAAAACGCCCAGCUGGAGCGAAAGCCGACCGAGAGUGACAUGAUUCAUGGUACCGAUACUUGGAUGCAUGAUGCUGUUGGUGCCAACGAGCGUUGGUCCGAGUACACACCACGCUCGUUGUACGGUGGUUGGGCCUCUGCGCAUGAACCUGCUUCUUUCCCCAAUACCACCCUUUACCUCAGACAGCUGCACAUUCUGGGGGAGGAGGAGGGCAAGGAGGUUGCUGCCUGA